AUGGAUUUGAUCAGCAGAGGGGCUGUUUUCAAGGCCCUGGUGUUCCUCUGCUUCAUCAGAUCAUCUCAUGGAAGAGAUCAUUUAACCAAACUGAAUCUCCCUCCCUUCCUGAAGGCAAGCAGGUUUCCCACGUUUCAGCAUGAGGCAUAUGACUAUAUCAUUAUUGGUGGGGGCACAGCCGGAUGCCCAUUGGCAGCCACGCUGUCCCAAAACUACAAGGUACUCCUGCUGGAGAGAGGUGGGUCUCCAUAUGGUAACCGCAACAUCACGUUACUGGAGAACUUCCACAUUUGCCUGGCCGAUGUUUCACCACAAUCGCCAUCACAAGGUUUCAUCUCCACUGAUGGCGUGAUAAAUGCCCGUGCAAAGGUCCUGGGUGGUGGAACCUGUAUCAAUGCCGGCUUCUACAGUCGGGCAAAACCAAGCUUCGUGCAGAAGGCAGGCUGGGAUGCAGAGCUGGUCAACCAGUCCUACCCUUGGGUUGAAGAGAGGAUUGUUCAUUGGCCCAAAGUCGCACCUUGGCAAGCUGCACUACGGGAUGGGCUUCUGGAAGCAGGGGUCUCACCAUACAAUGGAUAUUCUUAUGACCAUCUCUAUGGAACUAAAGUUGGGGGCACCAUAUUUGAUGAGACUGGGUACCGGCACACGGCUGCCGACCUCCUUGCUGCUGGAAAUCCUAACAACCUUAGGGUGCUUCUUCAUGCUAGCGUGAACAAAAUUGUUUUCAACACGGAAAAAGGCAAGAGGAAGCCAAGGGCUAUUGGAGUUCAAUUCAAAGAUGAGAAUGGAGGGCACCACCAAGCCUUCCUCAAAAGGAACAGGAGUAGUGACAUCAUUGUUUCUGCCGGUGCAAUUGGCAGCCCACAGCUAUUGUUGCUCAGUGGAAUCGGACCGAAGAAUGAACUCAAUAAGCACAAUAUUUCUGUAGUACUUCGCAAUGAACAUGUGGGUAAAGGAAUGUCAGACAAUCCAAUGAACUCAAUCUUUGUACCUAUGAAGAAUCCGACAAAGCAAUCUUUGAUUGAAACUGUCGGAAUAACGGAUGCUGGCGUGUUUAUUGAAGCCAGCAGUGGUUUCAGCCAGUCAGAUGAUAGCAUCCAUUGGCACCACGGAAUCAUGUCUGCUGAGAUUGGGCAGCUAUCAACAAUUCCACCAAAACAAAGAAGUUUUGACAAAAUCCAAAAGUAUGUACAUAACAAAUAUAGCCUAACCAAAGAAGUAUUUGAUGGAGGAUUCAUUCUUGAGAAGAUCGAUGGCCCACUGUCUACUGGCAGUUUAGUACUUGUGGACACUGAUAUCGAUAGCAACCCCAAUGUCACCUUCAACUAUUUCCAGCAUCCACAGGAUCUCAGACGAUGUGUCUAUGGGAUAAAAACAAUCGAGAAAAUAUUGAAGACAAACCAUUUCAAUAACCUUACUGCCAACGGUGCUGGAUAUCCAAUGGAAACACUGCUCAAUAUGAGCAUAUCAGCUAACAUAAACUUGAUACCCAAGCACACAAAUGACACCACAUCCUUGGAGCAGUUUUGCAGGGACACAGUAACAACCAUCUGGCACUACCAUGGUGGAUGCCAUGUGGGUAAGGUGGUCGAUCAACACUAUCGGGUGAUUGGCAUCUCAGGCCUCCGUGUGAUAGAUGGGUCAACCUUGUUUAGUUCACCAGGAACGAACCCACAAGCGACAGUCCUAAUGAUGGGCAGAUACAUGGGAGUGAAGAUUCUAAGGGAAAGAUUAGGACGUGCAGCUGGAGUAUAA